CCUUCUAAUAAUUUUUGCUCGUAUAAAUAUGUAAGCAACCUCUUGAUCCCCCUUCCAUCGUCCAAUGUCGUGUCACUCUCAAGGAGACACUACUAGCUAGCUGCUUAAUACUUGAUCGCAACUUUCAAGGAAGGGCCGGGGGUCCUUUGUUUUAAGACCCUACCCACAAAAAAUAUAUAUAGCACAUUACAUGGAUGAGCAACACUGUUCUUCACCUUUGGGAGAAGAGGAAGGCUGGAGAAAGGGCCCCUGGACUGCCAUGGAAGACAAGCUCCUCAUUGAUCAUGUCAACCUCCAUGGUGAAGGAAGAUGGAGCUCCAUUUCCAAAUUAACAGGAUUAAGGAGGAGUGGAAAGAGUUGCAGGUUGCGUUGGGUGAACUACCUGAGGCCUGACCUCAAGAGAGGAAAUAUAACACCAGAGGAGGAGGACAUCAUCCUUGAGCUUCAUGCUGCGUGGGGAAAUAGAUGGUCGAUUAUAGCUCGAAGUCUACCGGGAAGGACCGACAACGAGAUCAAGAACUACUGGAGGACACACUACAAGAAGAACAAAGUGCCCUCUAAGAACAUGGAAAGGGCUAGAACUCAGUUUCUGAAGCAGCAGCAGCAACAACAACAACAAUAUGUAUCACAACAAAUUAGGUACUUGGACUGCAAUAGUCAUUUUGGUGAUAAAGAGGACAUGGGGCAGCAGAUUGAGCAGGAGGUUGCAUACCUGCGCAUGCUUCAAGACGGGGGCAGCAGCACCGACAACGGUGGCAUAGCUCUUCAGGCCGGCGAUGAGUAUGGAUCGCCGGGGUUGGUGAUGGAGGAAUACGAUGGAGGAUUAUGGGGGAGUUUGUGGAAUCUGGAUGAUGUGCAGCAAGAUCAAGUCGUUGCUUUCCUUUAAGACUAUAUUAUGAAUCAUAAGAAGGCUACUUACUAGUGCAGAUACAUAAAAAUUACUAUGUAAUUGCAGUACUCAAGGUGGAUGGAGAGGUAUGUUAAGAAAUAAAACAUUAUAUAUAGAUUAUAGUAAAAGUCUUUGAAUAUGCUGCAAGAUGAUGUAUUUUAUUUAUUAUAGCUAGAGAUAUAUUUUCUGCACUAUAAUCUUUCUUUUCAAUUC